AUGCAGCAGCAGUCAGUAAUGGAAGAGGGAACGGCCUAUGAGCCACCUACUUACGAUGAGACAUUCCCUGUCCUCCCUGAAUCAUCUAGUUCCAACUCUGGACAAUUAAACAUAUUUUCCAUAAAUAACAACUUGCAGCUUGGACGUAUAACCAUUACACAGAUGUUUCGUGUACCCGGGGAAGAACGUAAAUUUGAUCACAGCGACAAAUUUGGCGAACGCGAAUCUAUUCGUACAUGUAAAACCAUCAUGAAAGAGACAAAUACUAUAAUUGAAAUUGCGUCGUCUAAAGAUCAAUCUCUGACGUUUCUUAUAACUGGAAAACAAAAUCAAGUUCUGGAAGCCAAACGUCGUAUUCUAACGACAUUUCAAACUCAGGCAAGCAAGCAGAUUAGCAUUCCUAAGGAUCAUCAUCGUUGGGUUCUUGGAAAGCAAGGACAACGGUUGAAAGAUCUAGAACAGAGGACUGCUACAAAGAUUAAUGUUCCUGGUGUGCAAGAUCAAUCAGACAUAAUAACAAUUACAGGAACAAAGGAGGGCAUUGAGAAGGCCGAACACGAAAUUAGAGUUAUCUCUGAUGAACAGUCUAGGAAAGCCUUUGAGAGGAUAACUGUGCCAAAAAUAUAUCAUCCUUUCAUAUAUGGAGCGCAUAAUGAAAAUCUCAAUGCUAUGAUGGCAGAGACCGGCGCUCGUAUCAAUAUUCCGCCCGCAUCGGUGCAGCAGGAUGAGAUAACCAUAGCUGGCGAGAAGGAGGGAGUUUUAGCGGCAAAGCAGAAGAUUGAAUCUAUUUACAAGGAUAUGGAGAAGAGAUGUACUACGGUGUCUGUAGAGGUUCCUAAAUCUCAACAUAAAUAUGUAAUUGGACCUCGCGGUAGCACCAUAGCCGAAAUAUUGCAAACAACUGGAGUGAGUGUAGAAAUGCCUGCACCCGACUCGGCAACUGGUACCAUAACUCUUAGAGGGCCUCAGGAAAAGCUUGGUCAAGCACUUAAUAAGGUGUACGAGAAGGCAAACAGCGUGCGCACCGCUGUGGUGGAAGCUCCAGUUUGGAUACACAAGUACAUAAUCGGGCGCAAGGGUGUAAAUAUUAAGAAGAUCACUCAAGAAAUGCCAAAAGUAAACGUAGAAUUUACGGGAAAGGAGGAUAAGAUUAAGAUUGAAGGUCCACCUGAAGAAGUAGAGAAAGCGCAGAACGAGCUGCAACACAUGGCCAAUGAUCUUAUUGCUAAACUCACUUUCGCCGAAUUGAACGUCGAUCCAAGAUUCUAUAAACAUAUCAUUGGAAAAAAUGGUUGCAACGUGAACCGUGUUAAGGAAGGCACGGGUGUUGUGAUUAGCAUCUCUGAGAAUGACGGUAAUAACAUCAUCCGUAUUGAAGGCAACCUUGCUGGUGUAUCGAAAGCUCAAACGGAACUUGUGGAAAUGGUGAAGAAGCUGGAAAAUGAGAAAGAGAAGGAUGUGAUUAUAGAUCACAGAUAUUACCGUAAUAUAAUUGGUAACAAAGGAGAUAAUAUCAAAGAGAUUAGAGAUAAAUUCAAUCAAGUACAAAUUACUAUACCUGGACCAGGUGAGAAAGGAGAUAUAGUAAAGAUUAGAGGACCCAAAGAAGACGUUGACAAGUGCCAUAAACACCUAAUGAAGUUGGUAAAAGAAUUGAAUGAAAGCAAUCAUGUACUUGAAGUACCUAUUUUUAAACAGUUUCAUAAAUUUGUUAUUGGAAAAGGUGGCGUUAACAUCCGCAAGAUUAGAGAAGAGACACAAACGAAAAUCGAUUUGCCUGCUGAAGGUGAGAAGAGCGAUGUCAUAACCAUCACGGGAAAGAAAGAAAACGUGGUAAAGGCUAAGGAAAUGAUACAAAAGAUUCAAAAUGAAUUGGCUAACAUCGUUACUGAAGAAAUCACUAUUCCACCCAAGUUUUAUAACUCUCUCAUCGGUACUGGAGGUAAACUGAUACACUCUAUUAUGGAGGACUGCGGAGGCGUCACGAUCAAGUUCCCUACUGCGGAAAGCAAAAGCGACAAGGUCAGUAUCAGAGGUCCAAAGGACGACGUAGAGAAAGCGAAAGCGCAACUUUUGGAAUUGAGCAACGAGAAGCAAUUGUCCAGCUUCUCAGCUGAAGUGCGCGCUAAGGUUCAACAUCAUAAAUUCCUCAUCGGAAAGAAUGGCGCUAACAUUAAGAAGAUAAGAGAAUCCACGGGCGCGAGAAUUAUAUUCCCAACGGACGAAGAUCAGGAUAAAGAAGUAAUUACGAUUAUGGGAAAGAAGGAAGCAGUUGAGAAAGCUAAAGCCGAAUUGGAAACUACAAUUAAGGAGAUUGACAAUAUUAUCGAGGGGGAGAUUUGCAUUGAUCCUAAGCAUCACAGACAUUUCGUAGCACGAAGAGGCGGUGUAUUACACCGAAUAGCUGACGAAUGUGGCGGCGUGCAGAUUUCGUUUCCACGGGCGGGUGUCGACAGCGAUCGCGUUAUCCUGAAAGGUUCGCACGAGUGUAUAGAGGCUGCGAAACAGCGUAUGCGAGAAAUUGUCCAAGAACUGGAAUCUAUGAUAACGGUAGAGUGCAUAAUACCCCAAAAACAUCAUCGCACAGUAAUGGGUGCUAAAGGUCGCAAGGUGCAGAAUAUAACGUCCGAGUAUGACGUUCAAAUCAAGUUUCCCGAUCGUGAUGUGUACGAUGAGCAAAAAGCACCAGAAGAAGUCAACGGCGAGAAUGCAGAAGCUGGGAAAACUGUUCCAGCUUGCGACAUAAUUCGCAUUACCGGACAACCGGACAACGUUGCCGCCGCUAAACAAGCUUUACUCGAUCUCGUGCCUAUUACGAUUCAAGUAGACGUACCAUUUGAUUUCCACCGUUCGAUAAUCGGGCAGAAAGGUAAAGACGUGCGGGAAUUAAUGAAUACAUAUGACGUACACAUUAUGCUUUCUCCGGCGGAGGAGAAAUUGGAUUAUAUUAAGAUUUCUGGAACACCAUCGUGCGUCCAAAGUGCCAAGGAAGCUAUAUUGGAAAAAUGUGAGGCGCUGAAGGCCGAACGGGAAGAUCGAGCGUUAAAAUCUUUUGAAUUAAAACUCGAAGUUGAUCCGGAAUAUCACCCGAAAAUAAUUGGCCGCAAGGGAGCCGUAAUCAGUAAGAUACGUAAUGAUCACGAUGUUCAGAUCAACUUCCCACGUAAGGGUGACCCUGAGGAACAUAUUAUUACAAUAACAGGAUAUGAAAAGAACGCAUACAGCGCGCGAGAUGAGAUUAUGAAGAUUGUCAACCAACUCAAUGGUUUGACGAAAGAAGAAGUACAGAUAAAUGCCGCUGUGCACUCACGAUUGAUUGGCGCGAAAGGCAGAAAUAUCCGUAAAAUAAUGGAGGAGUUUAAGGUUGACAUAAAAUUCCCGAGAAAAACCGAUGCUGACCCUAACGUCGUAACGAUUGUGGGAGCGGAGGAGAACGUAGGCGAUGCGAGGGAUCACUUGUUAAACCUGGAGGAGGAAUACAUGCAAGAUGUAGCAGAGAACGAAUAUCGCGAAAGUUUGCGUUCACCUCAACGCGAGGACGGGAGCAACGCCGGUGGGGGUGAAAACGAUACCGGCUUUAUCGUAAAGGGCGGACCGUGGGAGCAACAGCAACCUCAAAGCGCACCGAAUACAGCCAGCGUGGAGGAGUUCCCGCAGUUCGCUGGCUACUCUCACGUACCGGUCGCCGCCCCGGACGGCCCUUGGGGAAUUAAGCGUUAAAAACGUAGAUCUAAAUUCGCUGAGAGGCGAUUAAUCGAUGGAACAUGUAAGCUAACGAUGUAAGGUAAACUUUCCUCUGACAAACGGUAUAUAAGACACUUACAUAUACGCAUCUACACGUACAUACACACACAUAUGCACUUGUGUUGGGUGGUUCCCUGUUCCAUUACUGACGUUGUUGCUGCAUACGACCUGGCCAUUCUAUUGGACUCUGACACUGGUUUACUACACACAACAUUCGACGACGAUGUUUAUAUUGCAAUUCAUGAUACAGAUGUCCCAUGUAUCUGUAGCUGCAACGCAUGUUGUUCUGAGUUGCCACGCCACGCGCACACAGUCCGGUCAGAGCUUGUGUAAAACUUAAAAUUCCGUGGCUUUCAUUUCUAACGAUAUGCCUUCCAGGUACAGAUAUGUUGUACUUAAGACUGUGGCUUCGUGGGAAAUAAUUGGAUCAGCAUUCUGCUAAAGAGAAACAAGCUUAGAAAAAAGUUGCCAAGCAGAUCCAUCUAUCGUCUGCACUACGCGUCCUUUCUCGUAGAACGCGAGUUGGCUGUACUUUACGUUACAUACAAUUUGCGUUUUACGGAAAAGGACGAAUUUUUGUGCGUCAAUUUCUUUCUACAGAACCUGACCAAUUUAUUCGUGUAUUAUAUUACUUUCACAGAUAAUCUCUGUACCACACGCGUAUAGACUGUGAGGUCGUACGUUUUUCGUUGAACUUAGCAUAAUAAUUUGUUAAUUUAUUUAUAUUUUUUGUACAUAUAUAUCGCAUUUUCUCGUUGCGUUGUGCCACUUUUGAUGAAGUGGUUUUUCUAAACUACAUCAUAAUUGUUGAAAUUUAUAUUAUAAAAAUCUUCGCGAGAAAAUCAAAGGAAAGACAACAGUGUAUGGACUUUAUAAGGAGGAAACGUUUAUUCUUAUAUAGGGAUUUACACGAUUUUUUUACGAUUUUUUUUUAAUUAGUUACUGUAAACUCGGUUCAUGUCUCUGAGAUUUCAAUGCGUAAACGAGAAAUCUGUCGAUGCAUCAAACAUAUGCUCAUCAAAUAUAGGUAAGAUCGGAACAACAAAUUGUAAUUGGAUGUUGAAACCGAGCGAAUUUCUAUGAAUGGAAUCUUACGCCAUUCGUCGCGUUUAAAAGGCCUUCAUCCCGUGAUACUUAAAGCUUAAAGCAUUGAGACGUUAUAUACGUAAAAUCGGCACUGUUGCAGAGAAUCGUCAAGUUAAAUCUCCAUGUUAUGAAUAGUGAACGAUACACGAAUUCCUUUCGAUAGCCGGCUUUAGUUAUUUGUCUUGUUUUACAUUUCGUAUACCGUUUAAUAUGCAAACUUCUGCAUUCUACUAUUUAUGAGGCCAACUAGCUAAGAAAAGGAUAUUCAGUUCAAGUGCCUUGUCUAUUUUCUUCGAGACAGCUCAUUUCAAUUGUUGGAGGAAUGUGAGAAUAUACUAGAUUAUACAUAUAGAAAUAAAUACAAUAUAUAUAUUGUAUUUAUUCGGGGUAUCCGAAAAUCACCGGAUGAUACUUUCAGAAUUGGACUCAUUUAGUAAUAUUUCGAGUUUACUUUAACGAAAAUAUCUAAGAAUAUUUUUUUCAAUCUUUCAAAUUUCAACAUGAAUAUUAUAGCGAUUAACCUUUGAAUUGUGUUCCUUUAAGAUCAACUUUUAAUUUUUUAAGCCUCGUUGCUUUUAAAACUAUUAGAGUCUCGAGAUUUUUUUAACAUAUUGUAAAUUGAUUAAGUAAUCUGUUCCUAAAGUAUCAUCGGGUAAUUUUAAGACAGCCUGUAUAUAUAUAUACACAUCACAUGUAAACACGUAUAUGGAUACUGAUAAUAAUUAUUCUAUUACUAAUAGCUAAUAGGUACCGCGGGUACAAUGAUACACUACUAUUACGAAUGAAACGAUAGGAUUAUCAUGUAUACAGAAAUUCACUUAUAUUUUUUAGAUUUACAGUAAUUUUUAUAAAUCUACUUGGUACGGCGACCUACGGUGUCAUCUCCAAUGCAUGAUAAAUGUGUAAGAAAAAAAAGCCAGAAUUAGUAAAUUUUAAUAUGCUUAGUUUUGGCUAAGAAUUUGAUAGAUGCUGUGCAUGAAUAUAAUUUUCUAAUGAGUUAUAAUAAAGUAAAUUGUAACUAUACAGAACACAUACAAUAUUCUCUGUAUACAUAAGUAAAUAAUGUUAUAACACGUGGAUGCUAUUGUAACAAUAUAUUACAUUCAUUGAU